AUGUUGUUUGCUGUAAUAGUUUUGCAAGCUCUCCUUAGCAUUGGCGGCAUCUCCUGCGGUCAUGCAUCACCAGAGCUUGAACCGGCGCUAGUAAUACAACCCUCUGUCCUGGGGGAUAACUUGAGAGGUGAUGCUUCGAGCCCAAUCCCCUGGCUUCAACUUGAAGGCUACGUGAACCUCAUCGCAGACGUCAGCCAAUUUCGUUCUAUCUCCAUUCUCAAAGGGCACAGAGUCAACGUCAAUAUAGUCGGAGGGAACUGGACGAAUCCAGACGGAUCGCUGCUUGCCAAGAUUAUUCCUAACAUAGGAGGAGAGCAAGGGUAUAUUGAUGCCACAGACGUAUUGCAUAUAGAUGUUCGAUACGUCUUGCAGUUCGUGAGCGACAACAAAUACGGCCACGUGCGGCUGAGUGGCCUGGGAAAAGCCGGGGUGUCCAAUAAAGUUAUCGUGACCGUCGAGACAGACUCAACCGCCAACCUCAAAUUCAAUAACCAGUUAUUGUACACUCCCGGUAUCUUCUCCGGAAGCCGUUUGACAGCUCCUAUAUGGGCGUUUGUAGAUGGGCCUGAGGUUUGA